GAUAAAACGAAGUGAUCUUCCGCUUGCGACAGUUUCUCGAAGCAACCUGUGGCAGUCAGGUAUCGCGCCAAUGCAAGUUUGAAGUGAAAAAGUAUCGAUGUUUAUUUUUAUUGUUUUAAUUUUUUUUAAUGGCAAAGAUGAAGCCGAGCGCUUCAGAUGAACUCUUGCCAGAGGUGACGUCGGUAAAUAUCAAUAAGAUAGUGAAGGAAGCCCAUGAUGAAGAAAUCAUUGAAUGCAAUCGAAAGGAAAUUUGUUAUGGAGCAGGAGACGCAAUAUUUUCAUCAUUCAUCGUAGCACCGCAGGUAGUUAGUGUAUGGCGAGGAACGUGGGGUAUAAUGGAGUUACACCCCCAUUUGUUUCCCCACGCUCAGAUAUUCAUGAUGGGAAUCAUUAUACACGUCAGCUUCGCUCUAGUUAGAUCAGUCUUAUUAUCACGUUCACAAAACGCAUGGGGUGAAGGUAGAGCUGGAAGAUGGCUUCGAGAGCGGUUCGUCAGCAAAGUUUACACUUACAUUUUCAUCCUCUCGAAUAUAAUGCACUGGAGAGGAGGCUGGGGACUUUUAGACAUGUUUGUAGCUCAUGUUCUCCCUGAAAAAGAUAAUUGUCAUAGACCAGUGUUAAUCGGAGCCCUUACUCUACUGUUCUAUCUGGCUACCAUUUGCAUCCGCUCCUCCCGUAACAUUUUAGCCUCACCAUACUUUCUGGUCACGGAUGGGAAAGAGGCCACGUACAUCUUUACUACACGAUUUCAAAGUAAGAGUAGCAGAGAAACUGCACUUUACAUUCUGGACUGCGUGUUCUCGGUGACGGUGGUGGGCUCACUCGUAGUUUUCGUGUGGCGAGGAUCUUGGGCGCUGCUAGAUAUCUUCCUCUACCCGGACGACCAAAUCAAGUCCUUCUGGACAUCACUUGUGGUAGGAUACGCGAUAGUGGUGCUGACGUUCGCUACUCAAGUGCCCAUGCGCUGGGCGGUGGGUAAACUACAAGGAGCUCCUCGAUUGCUGGUUGCUGAUCUUUAUCAUCUAGUGUCGUUUUUGGCGACAGUUAACGUGUGGCGAGCUGUUUGGGGCCUGAUGGAUGUGUAUUUUUUCCCAGAUACGCCCAAACUAAGCAACUGGUGCUCACACAUCAUCAGCCUGUCUUUGCUGAUUCUUCUCAACUGCUCCAACUCUAUCCUAGUGAGAGGAGUCUACAUCGACGCUGAGGAGCCCGCAGGUGACUGUGUCGUAUUCCCGUGCCACUACCUCAGGUUAUUCUUCCACAAAGAGAGAAUAAAGAAGAGACAAAAAGGGUCCAAUGCAGCAGCUCCUACUUCUGCUACCAAGAAAAUAGAAGAAGCCAGCGUACCUUUACAAACGCCAGAGGAGAAGGUGUAAUACUUCUCUUAUACCAGAAGGAUAAUCCGAAUUGCAUUUUUGUCUUCAUUGUACAUAAUAUUUUAUUUAUCGAUUAAAUAUCCUGUACUAUAAAUAAGAAAGUUACCUGUAAAUAUAUAUAUACAUAUAUGUAUUGACAUGAAGUAUUAAAAACACUCACUUAAUUGACAAGAAAUGUAUAACUGAGUCUUAACUAAGAUGGAAAAUGUGUUUAAAGAAAAUUUGUAAAUCAUUAUUUUUUAUAUAUUUAUAAAAAAGUUUGUUUUGUGAACAAAAAAAUCUAUGAUGUACUUGUAGUUAGCUUUUUCGCCACUGUGUCGUUACGCUUUAAUAAUACUACGUUUCUCUACCUUACCAAUAGCUUUAUUAAGAAUUUUUACUUUUAUUUAGUUUUUUGUGAAAUUGUUAUUUCUUCAUAUAUUGUGGAAUGAAAGUUAGCUGAUAUAAAAUAAAUUAAAAGCUAUUUUCUUCUCUUGCUGCAAUACACAUUAUAUUAUUAGAACGAAAAAAUAAUUAUUAGGAUUUAUACUUAAAAUAGGGUAAAGUAAACAAAAACGACAAAAUUCAUGGACUCAUGGAAUGUUCAUUUUUUGUAUAAUUUUUUUUUCUGUAAAGAUCAAUAUCUUAAUUUAAAUAAAAAAAAGUUCUGUUUCUUGAGAAUUAAAAGAUUUAUUAACAGAUUCAAUGAUUUUUCUUUAACGCACAUUAUUUUUCACACUCAUUAAUUUUUCUUUUUAAAAUAAAUUAUUAAAUAUAGUUUAGA